AUGCUGUCUGGCAUGGAAGGGUUCACGUUAAAUGAUAUUCAAGCUUUAUCAAUUAAUCGAGAUGAUGCGACAGAUGGAAGUUUCCGUAGAAAGAAAGAAUUAACAAUCGAAAAGCUGCCUGACAAGGUGAUAUUGAGCAUAUUUUCUUACCUGUCUCAUUUGGAAAUAUGUCGAAUGGCUCAAGUUUGUCGUCGGUGGCGUCAGAUUGCAUAUGAUACAAAAUUGUGGAAAAAUGUUUCACUUCGUCCGGAAAUUUCAGGUCUUCAUGUUGGGUCACUCGAAUCAUUGCUUGCAUUAAUUUCAGUUCGAUUUGGACCAUCACUUCGUUACAUCGAACUUCCUAUUGAGUUGAUAACUCACACAGUGUUUCAUGAAUUAGCUGGAAAAUGUCCAAACUUAACUCACAUGCUUCUUGAUUUCUCAACAGCUAUGCAACUUCACGAUUUCAGUGAAUUGCAAGCAUUUCCUGCAAAACUCCGCUAUCUUUGCAUCUGUUUAUCCGAAGUCAUCUUUAUGGAAGGUUUCAUGAGAAAAAUUUAUAACUUCAUUAAUGGUCUUGAAGUUCUCCAUCUUGUUGGUACUUACGAGAAAAUUGAACAAGAAGAAGAAGAAAUUUAUGAAGUCAUCAAUGUUCACAAGUUAAAAGCAGCGACUCCAAAUCUUCGUGUCAUCAAUCUGUAUGGAAUAAAUUUCAUUGAUGAUUCGCAUAUUGAUGCUUUCAGCUCAAAUUGCAUUCAACUUGAAUGCUUAGCUGUCAACUUUUGUAAUAAAGUUACAGGAUCGACUUUAAAGACACUUUUUCAACGUUCAAAGAGAUUAAAAUGCUUGUUAAUGAAUGGCACAAAUUUGCAGUCAGAAUAUGUGAUGACAGUUGACUGGGACAAGACUAUUAUACAAGAACUUGACAUAUCUGCAACUGAUUUAUCAACUGAAUGUCUCAUCGACAUGUUGACUCGCAUACCUGGAUUGAAAUUUCUCAGUGCAGGUCAAAUAAACGGAUUCAAUGAUUCCGUGUUGAAAGCUUGGAUGGAAUCGGGAACUUGUCGUUCACUUUUGGCUUUAGACUUAGAUUCAUCUGAUAAUUUAUCGGAUGAGAGUUUGAAUAAAUUUAUCACACGUCAUGGAAGUCAAUUGCAAUCAUGCGUUUUAAGUGGAAUGGCGCAUAUCACUGAUCAAUUAUGGAUGUCAAUUCUUCCCCUUCUGUCAUCAGCUAAAAUUCUCGUUAUGGGAACUCAUGAACGACUGUCAGUCAACAUUCAUGUUGAUCAAUUGAUGGACGCAAUUGCAACAAAUUGUCCUAAACUUGAAAGACUUGAAUUGAGAUGGGAUCCAGAAAAUCUUCGAUUCUCAGAUAAAAGUCAAAAAGCCAUUGACUUGUUGCGAGUUAAAUGUUUGAAAUUACGAUGCAUGGUUCUUAGCGAUGGUCGUUACUACGAAUUAGUGAAAGCAAACUUUGAACGAGCUGAUCGAAUGACAGUUGUCAGGAACACAACUUGCUGCAGAGUGUCAGCAUAUCACAUGCUUCAAAACUAUAACGAUUUGGUGUUUAAUUAAACUUAAAGUCCGCUGUUUAUAUCAAAAUUUUAUUUCUUUUAAGAGAUAUCAAUAAAUUUAUGUGAAAAGUUAUUGAAAGAAUUUAACACAAUUCUAAAGUGUUGCGAAGAACCAAAGAUUCGUCUUCAAUUCUCA